AUGGCGUUGCUGCUGUCCUGGCUGGCCAUUAUUCUAUGGCUAGAAGAUGCGGUGGCACAGCUACAAGAGGAAAGCAACUUCUAUUCCGAAAAUGUCAGUCGGAUCCUGGACAACUUGCUUGAAGGCUACGACAAUCGCCUGCGACCGGGAUUUGGAGGUGCUGUCACCGAGGUCAAAACAGACAUCUAUGUGACCAGCUUUGGGCCGGUGUCCGACGUGGAGAUGGAGUACACAAUGGACGUUUUUUUCCGCCAGACUUGGACUGACGAGAGGCUGAAGUUUGGGGGGCCUGCGGAGAUUCUGAGCUUAAACAACCUGAUGGUCAGUAAAAUCUGGACUCCUGACACUUUCUUCAGGAAUGGCAAGAAGUCCAUUGCUCACAACAUGACGACCCCUAACAAACUCUUCAGGAUAAUGCAGAAUGGGACCAUUCUCUACACCAUGAGGCUGACCAUCAACGCUGACUGCCCCAUGAGGCUGGUGAACUUCCCGAUGGACGGGCAUGCUUGUCCCCUCAAGUUUGGGAGUUAUGCUUAUCCCAAAAGUGAAAUCAUAUAUACAUGGAAAAAAGGACCACUUUACUCCGUGGAAGUCCCAGAAGAGUCAUCGAGCCUCCUCCAGUAUGACCUGAUUGGACAGACAGUGUCCAGUGAGACCAUUAAAUCAAACACAGGUGAAUAUGUAAUCAUGACAGUUCACUUCCACCUGCAAAGAAAGAUGGGGUACUUCAUGAUACAGAUAUACACGCCAUGCAUCAUGACCGUCACUCUCUCUCAAGUGUCCUUCUGGAUUAACAAGGAGUCAGUUCCCGCCAGAACCGUCUUCGGAAUCACCACUGUUUUAACCAUGACCACCCUGAGUAUCAGUGCCCGGCACUCUUUGCCCAAAGUGUCAUACGCCACAGCCAUGGACUGGUUCAUAGCCGUAUGCUUUGCGUUCGUCUUUUCCGCCCUGAUUGAGUUUGCAGCCGUCAACUACUUCACCAAUCUCCAGUCACAGAAGGCCAAAAGGAAGGCUCAGGUAGCAGCCCCAGCCCCAGCCCCAGCGGCAGUAUCAAAAGCCAUCGAACCCAUGGAAGCUGAGAUUGUUGUGCGCUCCAAUUCCAAGUACCAUGUGAAGAGAAGAAUCACCUCUCUCUCUCUGCCAGUCGACCCUUCCCCCGAGGCAGGCAAAGUCCUCGCCGGAGCACCGGUCUUACAAUCUACCCCUGAAACCCCUCCACCCACCACACCAGCUUUGGGGGGCAGCAGUAAAAUUGACCAGUAUUCUCGGGUUCUCUUUCCUGUCGCAUUUGCGGGAUUCAACCUUGUAUACUGGGUGGUUUAUCUUUCCAAAGACACCAUGGAAGUGGGCAGCAAUGCGGAAUAG